ACGCUGCCAGGGAAACACACAAGCAGAUACAGGCAGCAUCGGACACACACACACACACACACACACACACACACACACACACACACACACACACACACACACACACACACACACACACACACACACACACACACACACACACACACGCACUGUCAAAUGACUGCUAUUCACAUCUGCAUGAUGCGAAACCCGUGCAGCUGGAGACUACAGGAAGCUAUGUGAGGGGAAAAAAGGAGAAAUAAGAGACGAUAAAUCAGCCUGACGUCUGAAAGUAUAUCACAAUGCCACUGGUAAAGAGGAGCAUUGAGCCCAGGCACCUGUGCAGGGGAGCUCUGCCUGACCGAGUCUCCAGUGAGCUGGAGUGUGUCACCAACAGCACUCUGGCAGCCGUCAUCAAACAGCUUGGUAGCCUCAGUCGCCAUGCAGAAGACAUCUUCGGGGAGCUGUUUAAAGAAGCGAACAGUUUCUGCUUGCGCAUGAGUCACCUGCAGGAGCGUGUGGACCUGCUGGCUGUUAAAGUCACCCAGCUGGACUCGACUGUAGAAGAAGUCUCACUGCAGGACAUCAACAUGAGGAAGGCGUUUAAGAGCUCCACCAUUCAGGAUCAGCAGGUCGUGUCACGUGCCUCCAUCCCCAACCCUGUUCUGGAGAUUUACCAGUGUGGAGAUAAACCUCCACCACUCAAUAUCCUCACUCCAUACAGAGACGAUAAGAAGGACGCUCUGAAAUUUUACACAGACCCGUCAUACUUCUUCAACCUCUGGAAGGAGAAAAUGCUGCAAGCCACAGAGGACAAGAGGAAAGAGAAGAGACGGCAGAAGAGAGACUAUGCACCCUCUGUCCAGACGAGCGGUCCGGCUCAGGCUCACUCGGCCCAGUCUAAGUCCCUGUCCAGGCAGGCCACUCCCAGAAGCCCCCUCUUCUGCUCUGAGCAGCAGAAGCAGGUAGAGGAACCAGGUCGUGAGGUGAAGAAGGUUCGGAAAGCACGGAACCGCAGACAGGAAUGGAAUGUGCUGGCCUAUGAUAAAGAAUUUCGCCCUGAUGCUCGCUUUACACCCUCCCCAUACCACGGCAUGUCGUCAGAGGGCUCACUAUCACCCGACAACAGGUCGGUGUUAUCAGAUGUGGGUGAGCACUCGUACCCUGGCAGCCCAAAUCGGCCUGCACAACAAACACCACCAUGCAGUGCGCACUCCACCACAGACGGUAAGGAGCUCAUCCUCACUCCCACCCAGACACUGCAGCGAGGCUACCGGCCCACUGGCACGCUGUCCACUCCGGCUGGGAGAGACACACUCGAUAGAAUCCAGCCGUCACACACAACUCCACCUGCUGACCCUACCCUCAACGGCCCUCGCCCAGCUCAGGCUAAAGACUACAGCAGUCAACAAUCCCAGCAUUCCGAGUUCUUCAUCCCUCCUGCUCCUCCUCCUCCACCUCCUCCACUCAUUCCCUCAGCUCAGACAGCCUUCGACAGUCCGACUGCUCCCGCCUCCUCCUCUUCCUCCGCUCUUCCUGCCAGCACCAUGGCCUCCCUGUCACGCCCCUACAGCUCCUCUCCUCCUGCAGCUCCUCCGCCACCUCCAUCCGGACCCCCGACCCACACACACCCACUCACAUACAGCCUGCCUCCAGCCCCUGCUGAGACAGCAGGCCCCAGGAAGGCUCAGGUGCCCCUGGUCCCUAUGAGCGACGCCAGGAGUGACCUGCUAGCUGCCAUACGCCGAGGAAUCCAGUUAAGGAAAGUGCAGGAGCAGAGGGAGCUGGAGGCUAAGAAGGAGCCUGUGGGCAAUGAUGUAGCCACAAUUCUGUCACGCCGCAUUGCUGUGGAGUACAGCGAAUCAGACGAGGACUCUGAGCUGGAUGAAAACGAGUGGUCUGAUUGAAGGAGAGAGCAGGAUGCCAGAUGAGAGGACAGAAUAAGGCAAACAGAGAUGAGACGUUCAGAAGAGCACAAGUAAUUCUGCCGAGGGCUACUUUUCUAAAAGCCUGAAUGAAGCCCGGAUUCUGUGUCCCCAGAGAGCAGAAGCUGGAGAAAACCUCACAGUAACAGAUAGUCCAGGUUUUGCAUGUUUAUAGGUUCAUAAAUUACAGUUUAAAAGUUUAUUUGCUAUCUGCUGAGAGAGUUGCCUAGACAUAGGGCUUAGAAUUUAUAAUAUAUAAUAAGCACAAAAUUGCAGUACAGGUGAGACUCUAGUUAUAAAGUCUGUGGCGUCACAAGGCAAAUGUGGCAGUUUUGAGGAGUCCAAACAAAACCGAUCCGGUUUUAAAUAGUUAACAGUAACAAAAAUAGGACUAACAAUACAUCAAAUCUUAAGAGUAGCAUUUGCUCAUGUGAAGGUUCAGGCAAAGCAUCUCUGUAGACUCUAAAUUCUUAAAUUGGGUUAUUUCUAG